AUGGAACCCUCAAUUGAUCAACUUCAGAAUCCUCUAGCAUAUUGGCUUACGAUUUCUGUUCCUAGAAUCGAUGAUGGAUUACGCCUCUAUUUAGUUCCUGAUGAUGUUGUUCAUUGGGGUGUAACAUCGGUAUUUAACAACAAGGAUUUUUCGGAUCAAUUGCAGGAAAAAGAAAAUGGAUGUGGGUGUCCUGGAUCGUUUCAAGAAAUCAAAUCAAAGAUUGGUUGUUGUUUCAUGGGUUCUGGCUGUCAAAAGUUGGAGAAGAAUUUAGGUGGAGGUACGCUUUUUUUAGUGAGGCCAUUUUAAUGUUCCUUUUGAGGUAUAAUGCCUUAAUUGUAAAAUAAGUAAACUUACAAUUCUGAUUUUGUAAUGUUUUUCUAUAUAUGGACAAAUUACGUAAACUUUUUUCUACAAUAUGGAC